UCACAGGAUGGCCAGCACAGUUGAGGACGAACUUCACUACACUCCAGACACGACAUCGCCUCCAGUGCUCGUUCUUCACUGCUUCUAUACCCUCACGUGCAAGAAACAAGGCACUGAAGAGAAGAAAAUAGUAAUAAUAGAAAAAGUUUAAUAUUAAGAUCUGUAGAAGAGACAAGAUGGUUGGUUAUGUUGUGUGUUUGGUGCUGCUCUGUGUCGGGUCACUGACAGAAGGCAACAAAUGUUGGAAUCGCCGCGAGCUGAUAGAACGAAGGGACCUGAUGAACCAUGCCACCUGUGUGGAGCCCAGGGACACCCUAGUAGCUCUAGAAGUACCACCUGGUUACGACUGGGUGUACCCGAGUGUGGUGGUGGUCAAACAGUGUCACGGUCAUAUGUGUAAACAACCGAACCAUCAGUGUGUUGGACUACAAGGCAACAAGAAGAAGAUCAAGGUUCAAGCGUACAAGAUUAACAAUGGCAACACGAACGUCGAUAUGCUAUGUGAUUACGUGACGGUGCAGGAGCAUACCGCGUGUGGCUGCCGGUGUGACAAGGAUCCCAAAGAGUGUGGACAUAACGAGGUGUUCAACAAGAAAAUGUGCAGGUGUGAGUGUAAGCCCAAGGCGAAGGAAAUGUGUCAGGAGCGUAUGAGACGGGUCCCUAAUACCGUCAUGUGGGACCAGACGCGUUGCUCCUGUCCGUGUAACAACCAGGGCGAAUGUGGCUCUGGCACUGUCUGGGUGCCUUCCAUGUGCAAAUGUUUGCCCAUGAUGGAAACUGACGAAGGAGCACCCAUGGUGAUGGGUUAGUUUGUCUGGAACACCUUCACCCACUGCUACUGGUUCAUGGUUAUUCUCGAUUUGUUGGUUGUUAUUAUGUUUGGUAUCUCGUUCCUGUAAUGUUUAAUUCCAACUGUUAUAUGAUGUCUUAAUCCCUUUAUGAAUCAACGCCAUUGUUCCAUGUCCGUUUAUUUCACUGUCACGAUUAUGUAAUAUUUUGAGGUAUAGGUUCAGUUGAGAGUCCGUACACCUUGUAUUAAACCCCUUUUAUAUAAGUUACCCCCCCAGCCCUGCCUUAGAUCCAUAUUACAUUUUAUUUAAAUAAUCUGACCUUACAAUUUUGGUACCUUAUCUUAUUUUUAAUGUCUAGAUUAGUUUAGCUAUGGGAGUUUAUUUGACCACUGUGGUAUCGUCUUGGUGUCUGGCGGUCCCUGUUGGCGAGGUUGAGAGAUCUAAGUAUUAUUUGCCCCCACGUAGGUAAGAAUGUUCAAAAGUGUUUCAUUUGUAACUGAUGUAUAUAUUUAGACUAUUAUUACGUUUAUUAUGUGUCCUAUGGAUAUUUUUACUAUCGCAAUUAAAUUAUACCUACAUAACCUAA